GACCAAAGGGAAGGUCUUUGCCUACGGCGUGUCUUUGCAGAACUUCAUACAGAGCUAUGGCGAACUGAAAAUGGUCGCCAAAGGUUCGGUGAUACAGUGCAUGGAUGCAGCCGCGGCCAUCAACGGCCACUACGCUCGGCUGGAGGCUCUUCUGCAGAGGUACUCGCUGACGGCUGUGGACGCAGACGAGCGUGCAAGUGUGAACCUGAACUACGUUUACAUCUUCGAUGAUGAUGAUGCCAGUCCACGCAGCGCCGCAAGCCCCAGGGCCCGAGAGAGCCCCAGUGAGCUGAGGGAAGAUCGGCCUAUGACGGUGCACGAGGCCAGCCGAGCGAAAAAGGCAAUCGACCGAAACCGGAAAGCCAUCGAAAACCGCAUCCGAUACUUCCAAAAGGAAGAGGAGAAGAUUUGGAGGGACUUGGAGGAAGUGAGGCGGCAGGCGGCGGCCAUCGAGGAGGGACGAUCACGGACCAUCGAAAAGAAGUUGGCAGAUCGAGCGAUUCAGCAGGAGAGAGACCUCCUGCUUCAGCAGAACAGAGUCAGAGCUGCUCAAAACAGGAAACAGGGGAAGCGAAGCACCAACCCAUUCAACGCCACCGUUGACCGGAGCGUUGUCGCAUGUCGCCUCAGGGUGACCGUCUCCGACUACCGGAAGCAGCAGCAGCUGAGGUUCGAAACCAUGCGUGAGAAGCAGAUCUCCGCGCAGGCUCAGCGCGAAUCCUCCCAGGCCAUCCUGAAGCAGAAGAGGAUUCUGGAGAUGGAGAUUCGGCGCAUGAACUCGGAGAAAGCCGCCCUGAUACAGGUCUCGCAGAAGGAGGCGCGCACGCGGGCCAGCCAGGAGCGCGCGGCGCGCAUCGAACGUAUGCGAGAGUUCCAGGAGCUUGAGCGCCAACAAGCGGAACAAGAGGUGAUGGAGGCAGAGUCCACGCUCCCGGAGCUCGAGGAGCAGGAGCUCAUCUGCCUGCAGCGCCUGCAGAACUCGCGCAUCGUCACCCAGUCGGUCCUGGAGGGACCAGAGGCAACGAGCACCGGUUUCAAGAUCCUUCGAAAGUUUGCCGCAGCCAAUGCCAUUGUCUUUUCUCCGAACCUGCGUGAGUCUAGCGCAGGCUUCCGUCCCGGUACCAUCAAUGGCUGGAUCCUCUGGGCGCAGAAAACCGAAAUCUAUGAUCCUCCAUGGUGUGCCGAGAGGACCGCAUGCAUGAUCUCGGACAUCGUCGAUGCGGCGGCACAGGUGGUUGCCAUGACAGGCGAUUGCAUGGGCGAGCUGGAGGAGCCAGCAAACUGCGCCAACGAUAUCUUCGCUUUCCUCUACGAUAUCGCGGAUGCCUGUGGAUGCGCUGCUGGACUUGCGAUGGGCUGCGCUGGCAAAGCGACAACGUGCGAGCAAGGAGCGUUCUUCGCGUCUGAGGAUGCCUUGUCCGUCGCGCAAGAUCUGAUCGGAGCUGCAGGCAACUGCGACCUUGACGUUUUCCUCUGCCUUAUCAACGUCGUCGAUGCUCUCAAUGAUAUGCUCACCAUGGCCCUGGACACGAAGUCGGCAGUUGACAGUUGCCCGCUGGAGCGCGAAGGUUUCCUCAAGAAGUGGCUGAAGCAAGAACACCCCGACUGGUUUCAGUAUCGCAUGCUCGAGCCGCCGCAAGAAGGCCAAGACAACGCAUCGUCGGAGGAAGAUCAGGUCCAUCUGAGCAGCAGGUACAGGGCCGAACUCAACUCCGAUCACCUGGCGACUUUCAAAGAUGCCACCACAAGGCUUGGCGUGAUAGACAUCACGCACAAUGGCCCCAUUGUUGCUAUGGACAACGCGGGUGUGCUGCGAGUGGGCAGUGCCUACGUGAUGCCACAUUCAAACAGCCAGAUUAAUCCAAACACAAUGCGUGGCGCCCGUCCUUCCGAGGGACGGCGCCUGUGGGCGCAGGAGCAGCAGCCAAGCCAGCUCAUGACGCUGCACGACACCGAGGUGGAAGUGUUCUAUGUGGGUGACCUGGGUCAGCCCGAGGAUCCGAGGGCAUUCAGGCAUUCGAGUAGCACCGAGGUUGACCUGAGACUUCGCCAAAUUCGCCGAAAACUCUUCCCUUUACCAAUUGACCUUCCGAAGCGCUUGGUCCAAUUUGUCACCGGUGAGCACGAGCGUGGACCCAAUGAGGUCACCGUAGCAUACCGCGAUGUGAGUUUGGCCGCUUGUGGCAGAGAUCAAGACUCUGCAGGACUCUCCAUAGUCUUGUUUUCGGUUCGUGCCUGCUACUCGAAGACUGGCACGGAGCCCUUCAGCCCUUCCCUUCGCAAUGCGGAGCCUGCAGAUCUGGCUGAUCAGGCAGAUAAAAGCCGUAACAUCGCAUGGGGAGCUUUCGAGUAUUCGCCCUUUUGGAUUUGCUUCGGAGUAGAAAUGAGAAUGGGCGAGUGGGCUUGGGGCCAGUUCCUGGUUUCCAUGCCAGGCAUAGUUGCGCAUGCGGACUUGGAGACGCCUUCGGGGAGAAAGAAGGCUGUCUUGUCAGCUCCAGAGCCCAGUCCCGUCGGGACGGGACGUCGCAAGGACCUGAACCUGGCCAACCCAGCAGAAGGAAGGUUUUUUCUUCCGAACUCGUUCACACCCCCUACAAGGUAG